AUGAAGAAUUUUAUCUUAAUCCUUGUUCUUGUUCUUGUGUCUUUCGGAACCUUCGGAGCUUUUGCUGUUCUACCUGCACCAGCUCGCGCAAGUCCUCUUAUAACUAUUAAGACUGAAACUUGUCUAGUUGAAUGUACAAAUGGUACAUGUUGUACGGAGAAGGACUAUUAUUGCUGUAAAGAUGAUUUUGGAGGGUGUUGUCCUCAUGGAAAAUCUUGUACUCCCGUUCAGUGUGAAACUAAUGAGAAUCUGAAAUGGCAUUUUGCAUCAGGAGAAAAAUCAACUGAAAGAGCAAAACUUUUGGCUAA